AUGUCCCCGCGAGGAGCGGCGCUGCGCGAAGCCACCAAGGUGCAGGACCGCGGCUGGGCCUGGAUGGUGCUGCUCGCCGUGGUGCUGCUGCAGGGGCUGACGCUCGGCUUCCCCUCCUGCAUCGGCAUCUUCUUCACCGACCUCCAGCGUGACUUCCACGCUACCAACAGCGAGACAUCGUGGUUCCCCUCCAUCAUGGUGGCCGUGCUGCACGCGGGCGGGCCGCUGUGCAGCCUGCUGGUGAAGCGCUUUGGCUGCCGCGUUGCUGUGAUGCUGGGGGGUCUGCUCAGCGGCGUGGGCAUGGUGGCCAGCUCCUUCUGCACGUCCCUCAGCGAGCUCUACCUAACGGCCGGCUUCAUCACCGGUCUGGGAAUGUGUUUCAGCUUCCAGGCAGGAGUGACUUCGUUGCGCUACUACUUUGUACGGUGGCAAGCCUUGGCCAAUGCCAUGGCAUCGACGGGCGUCUCUCUUGGCUUAACGCUGUGGCCACUCCUUUCUCAGUACUUGCUGGAUGAGAUGGGCUGGAGAAACACUUUCCUCAUCUUUGGAGGGAUCCUCUUGAACUGCUGUGUUUGUGGAGCCAUUAUAAGACCCGUUCAGCUGGCAUCAAAAUCGUUACUACAUCCGGCCAGGCCUGGAGAACAGCCAGGGAGAGAAGCAGAAGAGACACAGUUGGCCAAUGGGGGGUCCUCUCCCCACCCAAAGGUGCAGCCAGCCAGGAGGACUGCAUGCUUCCAGGUGCUGAAGAAGUACCUGGCUUUUGACAUCUUCUGCCAAAACAAAGGUUAUCAAAUUUACACUAUUGGAGUUACCUGGAUGAUGUUGGGUUUUGCAUUACCCCACAUCUACCUCGUGCCUUAUGCCAUCCACAGCGGGGUGGAGGAACGCAUGGCAGCUCUCCUCAUCUCAGUGAUUGGUUUCAUCAACAUCUUCAUACGCCCUUUGACAGGGCUGCUCUCAGGACUCAGUUUCUUCACAGGGAGACGGAUCUACCUGUUCUGCCUGGCUGUGCUCCUCUGCGGGCUCAGCAACUUCAUCUGUAUCAUUUCAGCCAAGUUCAGUGUGCUCAUCCUCUACUGCGUCCCCCUCAGCAUAGCCAUGAGCGGCAUUGGGGCACUCCUCUUCCAGGUGCUAAUGGAUGUGGUGGAGACCGACAGGUUCUCAAGUGCUUUAGGUCUCUUCACCAUCCUGGAGAGUAUCACUCUCCUCACUGGACCUCCUCUCACAGGUUUCCUGGUGGACAUAACUAGAAAUUUCCACUUUGUCUUCUAUACCUCCAGUUUUUUCCUGAUAUCGUCUGCAUUAUUCAUGGGAUUCAGCUUCUGUGCUCUGGAAAGAAAAAGAAAACUGAAAGAGGCCUCAAAUGCGCCUUUGGGUAAUUCUUCCAAACGUCAAUGCAAUGAAAUACUAACUGAACCACUGUCGGAAAGACAAUCCCCUCCUGCAGAGGACCGCAUCACAAAUAUAUGA